GAGGAGUCCCAGCCUCGCAUCGAGGGAAAGGGGUCGAGAGGUCGUGCCGGGGCGCCCCCCCCGCGCGCGGAGAGAAGGCCGCGGGGGGGGCCUCGGAGACCUGGGCCUGUGGCCGCGGCCGGCGCGAGCCUCUGGGCGCCGGGGAAGUACACGCUGCUUCUGGUGAGCUUCCCUGGGGAGGACCCCGGCGCCGCCUUCGCUGAGGUGCGGGCCCGCUACCGGUCUGGCGGCCUGCCGCCCGAGCUGGCCGGGAGGCUGUGCGGGCCCCUGUGGGAGGUGGCCGGGCAGGGCGGUUCGCCAGGCGACGGCGGGUUGCUGGCCAUCCUAUCUUGGAAGGCCAACCCUGCAGACUCCAAGCCUCCCAGAUGGUGA